CGUUUCGUUUUUCGAAUGUUUUUCAGGCGAUAGGUUCUGUCCGGAAGCUAGCUCUUAAUUAUGGACAGGAUAAGUCAGUUGCCCGAUGAGCUUCUACUGAAAAUAUUGGCAAUGCUUCCUACCAUGAAAGAUGUUGUGGACACUAUGCUUUUGUCAAAGCGAUGGCAGUUACUUUGGAUGAUGGUUCCAAGAAUCAAAUACAAAGAUACCUAUAAGAACCCCAAGUACGGAAGCUUUUCUCUGUUUGUAGACAGAUCUUUCUUUAGGCACGAGGCUCCAGUUAUAGAAGCUUUGCAUUUCAAACUUGGUAGUAUUUGUGGUAGUGAAGAUAUUCAAGCGUGGAUGAGAUCUGCUGAUAAACGUUGUGUGCGUGAGCUGACUAUCAAGAUUUAUACUGAUACUGAUUCAGUCUUACUUCCUUGGAGCUUGUAUAGAGGGGGAUGUAGCAUGCUUGUGACCUUGAAUAUACGCAAUGCAGUUCUUGUGGAUGAUCUUGAGCAACCAAUUUCUUUCCCAUUCCUCAGAACGUUGAGUCUUGAGUCCAUGAAGUAUCCAAGUGGUGAAUUUGUGAAGAAGCUUUUAUCCAACUGCCAUGUCCUUGAAAACUUGGUUGUGGAACAAUGUGAAGCUGACAAUGCUACCAUUUUCACUGUUAUCGUGCCUUCUUUAAAGAGUUUAGUCUUGAAAACAUUAGAAAACAAACUUGGAAACGAUGCUCAUGGGUUUGUGAUAGAUGCUCCUUCUUUGGAAAAUUUCGACAUUUUUCAUUUUAGUGGGUUUUGUACCUUUGAGAGCAAUAUGAGUAAGAUUGUGGAGGCAAAACUUGUCCUUAAUACUUGGAAGUUAUGGAAGAAGUUGGGUUCUAUUGCUUCGUUCAAGCGCCUUUAUCUGUGCCUACCAUCCUUAAACGAUAUGUAUCCUGCCGGUAGUGUCUUCUCCAGUCUUGUGCAUUUGAAGAUAUGCACAUGUGAGACAGAAUGGGUGAAUGUACUUAUGUGUGUGCUCAAAGAUUCUCCUAGUCUACGAGCUCUCAAACUUCACCAGUGUCAUUUCCUUCGAUCUAAGGAGCCGCGCCCAUGCUGGAACCCGGCAUGGAAUGAACCGAGUUCAGUUCCUGAAUGUUUGUUAUCAAGUAUUGAAACUUUCGAAUGGGUAAAAUACGAAGGAGCAGAAGAAGAGAAAGAAGUAGUAGCAUUUGUUUUUAGAAGCGCAAAGUGUUUAAAGAAGGCAACCAUUAAUUUCCACAGUAAAACCAAUGACACUGACAAGAAACUUGAGGUGAUCAAGGAGUUGUUCUCGUCGUCGAGGCGUUCGCCAGCCUGUCAGCUUGAGUUCCGCUGAAUUUAUGAGUAUGCGUCAGUGUGUGGGUUAGCUUCCAGAUCUGAAUCUUAGAAAUAAAGUACAACUUGUUAUGUUUUUAUUUGCUACAUUUAUAGCUCAUUCAAUUUGAAACUGUUUGGUUCAGAGUUACCUUCUGCGGCAAAUGAAUUGUUAGAUUUUUUUACAAAAAAUUUAUUUUUGUUCUUUCUCAAAAAUAAGAUGAAUCUAGUAGUUAGGUCAAGAGGCCAAAUGCUGAAGUAAGAUUAAUAAGCGUAUUUGCCAAAAUUUUAUACUAUGAAGUUGUAUCAUACCGUAUUAUAUAUUUAGAUUCUUUGGCGUACAUGCGUUAAAUAAAAUCUCCAUAAAUUUAAAAUUUUCAAUUUUUAAUAGUUUAGACAUUUAUUAUCAUUGUUUGGCCUGAGCAAUAUCACUGUUGUGCAAUUUGUUCACUCACCAAGUUCAGCUAUGGCAUUUUUUUUUUUUGUAACAACAGUUUAGCUAUGGCAUUAUAUAUGAGAAAAAUGAUAACCAGAACUAAUUAAACAUCAGGAUUCAAUGAUUUAUCUUGUUCAAAACCCAUAUAUAUAAUGAUUGAUUCUAGACUAGAUCAAUACAUAGACCGAGCUAAAGUUUUGUAUUUCUUCUUUCACAAAGAAAAGGUUCUGGAUUUCUUGAAUUUUUUUUUUGGUUAGUUUGUGAAAACCAAGGUGGCAAGGUAGUUUGCGAACACAUUAUUGGAACUAAUGGAUAGACUCGGUCCAAUCCCGUCAAAAAUAAGUUAUCUACACUUCACUUCACGCGUUUAUAAAGUUGAAAUUUCUUUUAAUACUAUAAAAUUUAAUAAUCAGAGAAGUCUACAUCAAACGAAUAUUUACAUUUGUAGAUAGAUACUUUAUAUUCCCUUGCAAGUAGCAUAUAUAUAUAGUAGUCACACGUAUAUGACAAAACAAAUAGCAUG